GGAGACUUGUACUUGUAUGGCUUAUGGGGCGGCGGUGGUGGAGACUUGUAAACCGGCGGCGGCGGCGGUGGAGACUUGUAAACCGGUGGCGGGGGUGGUGGGGACUUGUAUUUGUAAGGCUUCUUGUGGGGUGGUGGUGGUGGAGACUUAUGGACAGGUGGAGGAGGUGGCGGUGGGGACUUGUACUUAUUGUAUGGAUCGUGUGGCGGCGGCGGAGGCGGGGACUUGUGGUGGAAAUAGGGAGAGGGCGGCGGAGGGUAUUUCUUUGGUGGUGGAGAGGAGUUACCGUAGGUAGCUGUGAUCUCAGAGGGCAAGAAGCUAAAGGAAAAUAUUGCCACUAAAAGAGUGGCAAUGAGAGAAGCCAUUUUUGG